AUGGCUUCCGCCGAGCUAGGGUCGGACGCGUGCGGCUUUCCCUGCGGCGGCGACGACGGCGCGAUGGCGGCGCUCUCGCCGACGGUCGUCGUGUCGGUGCUCGCGUCUCUGCUGGAGCGGCACAUCGCCCGCAACGAGAGAGCCUUGGCCGGGACGACGGCCGGUCGUGGCCAUGCGGCGUCCGGCGAGGACGCGAGGAGGGCCGCGGCCUUUGACGGCGGCACGGUGCUGGACAUGGGCGUGCGGGAGUUCCUGGAGCGGUUCUCCCGGUACGCGCAAGUGUCGCCGCAGGUGUACGUGGUGGCGUACGCCUACCUGGACCGGCUCCGCCGCGGCGGCGACGGCGCCGGGGCGGUGCGCGUCGUGGCGACCAACGCGCAGCGGCUGCUCACCGCGGCCAUCCUGGUGGCCUCCAAGUUCGUGGAGGACAGGAACUACAAGAACUCCUACUUCGCGGCGGUGGGCGGUCUCAGCGCGGCGGAGCUGAGCUCGCUGGAGCUGGACUUCCUCUUCCUGAUGCGGUUCAGGCUCAACGUCAGCGUGAGCGUGUUCCGGAGCUACUGCCGGCACCUCGAGAGGGAGGUGGGCCACGGCGGCGGGUACCAGGUCGAGAGGUGCCUAGAGAAGGCCCUCCUCGUCUCCUCCGGGGAGGCGCGGAGGCAGCACCGGCAGGCGCCAGCGGCGGCAGCAGCUCAGUAA